ACAGAGAGGCAGACACUCCGUUAACACUCAAAUAGGAGAAGAGUUCUGUGAGUCUACAGAACUUCAGGUGUUUCUUGGACUGAGUUUUACAAACCUAACAAGACACAAAGGGCAGAAGAUGAAUAACAAUACGAUCUAUGACAAUGUUGCUCAUGUGAACUAUGCGUUCCAACACAAGGAAGAGCAGCCUCCAUAUGCACCUUCAUCUGGGAUGUACCCUGCUUUACCCCUGUACCCUGGUCAACAAAACCCUUCGCCUCUAUACUUGAAUAACUCUCCCUCAUAUCCAUCAGACAGAUACUCACCUGCUCAGAGCCUACAUCAGUAUACACCUCAAACAGCACCUGUAAAUACCCACUCCACUACCACACCUGGAUUACACCAUGCCGUUCACAAAGUUCCCAGGAAAAGAAUAUGGCCGUAUGUCGUGGGCACUGUCAUCACCCUCCUGAUCAUUGCUGCGGUUAUAGCUGCAUUGUUUUGGUAUUUCGGUGUGUUCGAUUGUCAAGGGCGGCGCUGCACAGCAGAUAGCCUAUGCAUCAGCCACUCUCAGUGGUGUAACGGUGUUCCAGACUGUCCAUCAAGAGAAGAUGAAGCUCAUUGCUUUCGUCUGUAUGGAUCUAAUUUCCUUCUUCAAAUGUACUCAAAUGAGAGCCAUAAAUGGGAGAAUGUGUGUUCUCUUGGAUGGAAUAACAACCUCGGAAGACAAGCAUGUGAGGAGAUCGGAUACAGCAGGGAUACUUAUGUAGGCUACGAGGCAAUUUCCUCAAGAGCAUUACUAGACUACAUGAUGGUUAAUACAGAUUCUCUCAGCUCUUCCAACCUGAAUAUGUCCACACAAAGUUUUCUCACUAAAAGUUCAGACUGCCCAUCUAACAGUGUAGUGGCUCUCAAAUGUAUUGCAGGCGGAAUCUUCGCAGCAAUGAGAAGACUCUCCGCUCCCCUGCAGUACUCUGGUGAACAUCACUCCGCCUCGCCACUUGACGCUUCGCUGGUGAACGUGCCUCAGCAUCCUGAUUCCCCGCAGCGCUUCGAUUGUGGACGUAACAGCAGGAACCGUAUUGUGGGUGGAACCACAGUGACCUCUAAGGGGGUGUGGCCAUGGCAGGUCAGUCUGCAGAUUGCCAGAAGACAUUUGUGUGGAGGGUCUGUUAUCACCCCCUACUGGAUCCUCACAGCAGCUCACUGUGUUUAUGAGAAUUCAAAUCCAAGGCAAUGGACUGUGUAUGCUGGAUAUCUGACUCGUAUAGAGAUGCAGUUCGUGACCGGCAAUUCGGUAAACCGAAUUGUUAUGCACAAAUUUGACCCGAAAACUAACAACAAUGAUGUGGCUUUGAUGAAGCUAAACAGUCCGCUCAUGAUUUCAUCAAACAUUAGGCCAGUGUGUUUACCCAAUGCGGGCAUGUACUUCUCUGCUCCGAGACAGUGUUACAUCACAGGAUGGGGGUCACUGUAUAGUGGAGGAUCUGCUUCAGAAACUCUACAGGAAGCCAAAAUCGAGCUGAUUGACAGUACGACCUGUAAUAGUCGGCCGGUGUAUAACGGACAAAUCACAGACAACAUGAUCUGUGCUGGCAAGCUGGCUGGUGGAGUGGACUCCUGUCAGGGGGACAGUGGGGGUCCUCUGGUCAUACAGGAGAAUUCUCUAUGGUGGCUGCUCGGGGACACUAGCUGGGGUGAUGGAUGUGCUUUCAGAAAUAAGCCCGGAGUCUACGGAAAUGUGACCUACUUCCUUAACUGGAUAUAUGAACAAAUGCGGAAAUAUUAAUAAUAUUUAUAAAGAAGUUUCAAAGAGCGACUGAUCAAAACUACUUACACUCUGGGAGUUGGAGAUUUUCUAUGGUGCUCUCUUAUUUUAUUUUAUUAUUGUUUUCUUCGGGACCAUAAAUCUAAAAUAACCAAGUAUUUAUUUUCACUAGUACCAUAAAUUUAUGAAUUGCACAGUUUGCUACAAUAUGCACCUUGUUGUUGUUUUUUAAUGUACAUUUUGUAUAAAGAACACAUUUGUACAAACGAUUUAAUAAAAAUCUAGAACUGAGACUGAUGUCA